AUGAGAGGUCGAUUUCAGGUGACUCGACGUCGAGCGUUGCCAGUGACAAGACGACUGGCACCACAUGGCUCUACUAUCAAUACAAAGGAUGAAAUGUUGACACGUGAGUUUAUCUACACAUCAUUGUAUGCCAAGGAGGCUGGUUACUUUACAACAGAGCGACGUAAAGUAUUGCAUACACCAACUCAAAGUAUCAACUUUGGCAACUUAUGGGGCGCUCAGGAGUACCGUAAUUUAGUAGCACAUCUAUACAAAGAGAGCACGGAGGCCUGGCUUACACCUGUAGAAGUGUUUGCACCGUAUUACUCACAAGCACUGGCUCGCUACAUGCUUCACUCGCCCUUUUUCCGGCAAGAACUUGAGAUUUUUGAAAUUGGUGGUGGUUCUGGAUCAAAUGCGCUGCAUAUUCUUGACUUUUUGAAGGAGCAAGUACCUGAUGUCUAUGCCAAGACCAAGUAUACUUUGAUUGAGAUCAGUCCUGUGAUGGCUGAGCGACAGAGGAGACGCGUAGCUGCUGCUCAUCCGCAGCAGUGCACGGUUCUUAACCAGGACAUUUUGACCUUUGCAGAUACACAUGAGCCAGUGAAUACACAAUGCUUCUUUCUAGCACUAGAAGUACUGGAUAAUCUACCACAUGACAAGGUGACGCUGCAGAAUGGCAAGUGGUACGAGACCGUCGUUAAGAUGCAGCAGACCAGUGAGACAACUGAGAAGCCGGUGCUGCAGGAGGCCAUGCGGCCAGUGCAGGACAAGCUGAUUCGUCAGACACUCCACCACUUUAGCUGUGAACUGCCACUACAGGUAUCGUACAAAUACAAUGGCAGUCUGGCGCAGCGAGUGCGACGGAUGCUGAACAAAGACGACCCCGUGCUGAACUCGGCUUUCAUCCCUACGGGCGCGAUGCAGCUGCUAAAUACCCUUCGUACGGCAUUCCCAAAACAUCAUUUGAUUGCUGCUGAUUUCGACUCGCUUCCGGGACCGAACCUGGAUGAUAAGUCGCCGAUCAAGGCGAUCGAGCACGGGUUGAGCCCCACAGCGACAUCGUCAGGGACGCUUUUUGCUGGUAAUGCACCACUCGUUGCGUCCAAAGUCACAAAUGUGACGAAGGACCACGACACGUACCUAGUGCAAGGGGGAAUUGCCGACAUUUUUUUUGCCACGGACUUUAAUCGACUCAAGAAAGCGUAUUGCUCCACACUACAGCGUCAGCCUCAUGAGAUUUCCGUCAUCAAGUCGUCAGAGUUUAUGAAAGAGUUUGCUGAUGUACAAAAAACUAAGACGAUCACUCGAUACAACCCAAUGCUAGAGGACUACUCCAACACGAGCUUUAUCUUGUCUUAA